CGAUAAGAGAAUAUGUCAUGUCAAGUCAAAUGUCAUUCUGAUAAUUAAAAUAUCCACAAUAUUCACGAUUUUCGACUUUAUUCCGAUCCUACUACAAACUCAUCGUGUAUAUGCUAGUGUGCUAGUUCUACGUGACAUUUAGAAGGUACACCAUGGCUGGUCCCAACCCCUACAGCAACCUCCUCCGUACGGUGGAAGUCCACGGCAAGACCUACAAGUACUAUGACCUGGCCUCGUUCGGUGAUAAAUACAAUCGUCUCCCAUACAGCAUCAGAGUGCUGCUGGAGUCGUGCGUGCGCAACUGCGACAACUUCCAGGUGUUAGAAAAGGAUGUCAACAAUGUGCUGGAGUGGGAGAAAAACCAGGCCGUUGAAGGCGGCGUUGAGAUCGCUUUCAAACCCGCCAGGGUGAUAUUGCAGGACCUGACAGGGGUGCCAGCAGUGGUGGAUUUCGCAGCGAUGCGCGCCGCCGUGCGCGACCUGGGUGGCAACCCUGACAAGAUCAACCCCAUUUGCCCCGCUGACUUGGUCAUCGACCAUUCAGUGCAGGUCGACUUCGCUAGAACGCCAGAUGCUUUGAACAAGAACCAGGAAUUGGAAUUUGAAAGAAACAAGGAAAGAUUCCAGUUUUUGAAGUGGGGAGCGCAGGCCUUUGACAAUAUGUUGAUCGUGCCGCCGGGCUCCGGUAUCGUUCACCAGGUCAAUUUGGAAUAUUUAGCCCGCGUGGUCUUCUCUAAAGACAUGCUGCACCCAGACUCCGUGGUCGGCACCGACAGCCACACCACUAUGAUUAAUGGACUGGGGGUCGUUGGCUGGGGCGUUGGAGGUAUCGAAGCAGAGGCAGUAAUGUUGGGUCAGGCCAUCAGUAUGUUGCUACCCAAAGUGGUGGGAUACCGCCUCGUCGGGGAACUGAACCCACUGACCACAUCCACUGACCUUGUGCUUACCAUCACCAAGCACCUCCGCUCUCUGGGCGUAGUGGGCAAAUUCGUCGAGUUCUUCGGCCCCGGCGUGUCGGCGCUCAGCAUCGCGGACAGAGCCACCGUGGCCAACAUGUGUCCCGAGUUCGGCGCCACCGUGGCGCACUUCCCGGUCGAUGCUCGCUCGCUGCAGUACCUAGCACAGACAAACCGCACACAAGAGAAGAUUGACAUCAUCGAGGCGUACCUGCGAGCUACCAACCAGUUCAGAGACUACAAUGACCCCUCACAGGACCCUAUCUUCUCUGAGAUAGUCGAGCUGGACCUGUCCACCGUCGUGACGUCAGUUAGCGGCCCCAAGCGGCCGCAGGACCGCGUCUCUGUCUCCAACAUGAAGAAGGACUUUCAGGAGUGCCUUAGCAACAAGGUCGGUUUCAAAGGUUACGGCCUGAGCCCGGCGCAACUCGACACGUCAGCGAGCUUCACGUACUCCGACGGAGCCACGUACACGAUCCGACACGGAUCCGUUAUCAUAGCGGCCAUCACGUCCUGCACCAACACGUCCAACCCGAGUGUCAUGCUGGGCGCAGGUAUGCUCGCAAAGAAAGCAGUGGAGAAUGGACUGAGCGUGUUGCCGUACAUCAAGACUUCCCUCUCUCCUGGUUCAGGAGUAGUCACGUAUUAUCUCAGGGAAUCUGGAGUGGUCCCGUACCUUGAAAAGUUAGGCUUUGAUAUCGUAGGCUACGGAUGUAUGACGUGUAUCGGGAACUCUGGACCCAUUGAUGACAACAUCGCCAACACUAUUGAGAAGAACGAGCUGGUGUGCUGCGGCGUCCUCUCCGGCAACCGCAACUUCGAAGGCCGCAUUCACCCCAACACUCGCGCCAACUAUCUCGCCUCUCCCCUAUUGGUCAUCGCCUACGCUUUGGCGGGCACUGUCGAUAUCGACUUUGAAACUCAACCACUGGGUAAGCGCGCCGACGGCAGCGCGGUGUUCCUGCGCGACAUCUGGCCCACGCGCGCCGACAUCCAGGACGUCGAGAACAAACACGUCAUCCCCAACAUGUUCAAAGAGGUGUACGAGAAGAUCGAGCUGGGCUCGCCUUCCUGGCAAGCCUUGGACGUGCCCAAAGGCAAGUUGUACGGCUGGGACCCCGACUCCACCUACAUCAAGAGACCGCCGUUCUUCGACGGGAUGACCAAGGAGCUCGGCACCAUCCGCGACAUUGAAGACGCCCGCUGCCUGCUCCUGCUGGGCGACUCGGUGACCACGGACCACAUCUCGCCGGCCGGGGCCAUCGCGCGGAACUCGCCCGCGGCGCGCUACCUCGCCGGCAGAGGGCUCACCCCUCGCGAGUUUAAUUCGUACGGCUCCCGUCGCGGCAACGACGCCAUUAUGUCGCGCGGAACGUUCGCGAACAUUCGAAUCGUGAACAAAAUGGCGCCCGCUCCCGGACCGAGGACCAUUCACCACCCAAGUGGGGACCUCAUGGACAUCUUCGACGCUGCUGACAGAUACGCGCAAGAGAAGGUGCCUCUGAUCGCCAUCGUGGGCAAGGACUACGGCUCGGGCUCCAGCCGCGACUGGGCCGCCAAGGGACCCUACCUAUUGGGCAUCAAAGCUGUGAUCGGUGAAUCAUUCGAGCGCAUCCACCGCUCCAACCUGGUGGGCAUGGGCAUCAUGCCGCUGCAGUUCCUGCCGGGGGACUCCGCCGACGGCCUCGGGCUCGCGGGCGCGGAGCGCUACAGCCUGCGGGUGCCUAGAGACCUCGCUCCGGGACAGCACCUCACUGUGCAGGUGGACAACGGGAAGUCGUUCCAGGUCAUCGCGCGCUUCGACACGGAGGUGGACCUCACCUACUUCCGCAACGGAGGCAUCCUUAACUACAUGAUUAGGAAGAUGCUGUAGUUAAACACAUUGCAUAUGUCGCAGUAGUAUGGUUUUGUUGUCUAAAUAGUUACAUAUUACAUAUGUCGCAGCAGUAUGUUUUUGUUUUGGGGGUUGAUAAAUCUGAACUGUUUUAACCAUAGAUUAAGAUGUACGUAUUCGGUGGUUAAAAUGAAACCCUUAUUUAAGGUUCAAAAUAAAAGAAAACCUCGUGUUAAUGUCGAAGUAUUUGUGUUAUUUUCAAAUUCCAAUAUUAAGACUAAGAUCUGUACAAGAUUGAAUGUUUGAGUAAUAUCUAUAAAUUAUCGUUUAACGUGUUUUGGGAUAACUUCGGAAAAAGGGGUAAUUUUGAAAAUAGCUAAUAUGUACUAAAGUAUAGUUAGUUUUUUUUCAUUAGAAAUAAAGUUAACAAUCUUGACGUGACUA